UUCAGACUUUCAAGUUUCAGCCUCUCUUUGUGUUUUUUUCUUCUCUUUUUGUUUGUUGUUGGGUUAGAGGCAAUUUUAGCUUCUCAGCCUCUCUGGUUUUGUUUUUGUUUUUGUUUGUUUGUUUGUUUGUGUAAUUUUUAUUUUUUAUUUAAUUUGCUGUCAAGCCGUUGUGGGUUCAAACAAACAAGAAAUGACCCACUUGUACAUCCACAACUUAAUUCAUAAUCUUAAUAUAUAAUUGCAGAGUUUGAAGCUCCCCAUGUUCGUGGUAUUUUCUUCUUUUCUCUUCCUCUAUAUAUCAUAAAAGUUCCUCCUUCAUCUACUCUCACGGCUCCUCGGGUUAAUCUCCUCAUGGCGGCUUUGAACGGCGCAGCCACAGAUCUCAAAUCCACAUUUCUCAAGGUUUACUCUGUUCUAAAAUCUGAGCUUCUUCAAGAUCCAGCUUUCGAGUUCAAUGAUGAUUCUCGACAAUGGGUAGAGCGGAUGCUGGACUACAAUGUACCUGGAGGGAAGUUGAAUCGGGGACUCUCUGUUGUCGAUAGCUACAGGUUGCUGAAAGAUAAGAUGGAUUUGUCGGAAGAUGAAAUUUUUCAUGCUUGUACUUUAGGGUGGUGUAUUGAAUGGCUUCAGGCAUAUUUUCUUGUUCUUGACGAUAUUAUGGACAACUCCCACACCCGUCGUGGUCAGCCUUGUUGGUUCAGAAUGCCCAAGGUUGGUCUUAUUGCUGCUAAUGAUGGGAUCCUACUUCGUAACCACAUUCCCAGAAUUCUCAAGAAACACUUCAGAGAAAGGCCAUACUAUGUGGAUCUUCUGGAUUUAUUUAAUGAGGUGGAGUUCCAGACGUCUUCAGGACAAAUGAUUGAUUUGAUUACCACGAUUGAGGGGGAAAAAGAUCUAUCUCGAUACACAUUGCCUCUUCAUCGCCGCAUUGUUCAGUACAAAACUGCCUAUUAUUCAUUUUACCUUCCGGUUGCAUGUGCAUUGCUUAUGUCGGGUGAGAAUCUGGACAACCACGAGGAUGUAAAGAACAUUCUCAUUGAAAUGGGAACCUACUUCCAAGUUCAGGAUGAUUAUUUGGACUGCUUUGGUGAUCCAGAAGUUAUUGGUAAGAUUGGGACAGACAUUGAAGAUUUUAAGUGCUCGUGGAUGGUUGUGAAAGCAGUUGAACACUCCAAUGAGGAACAAAAGAAACUAUUACAUGAGAAUUAUGGAAAGGCAGAUCCAGCUUGUGUUGCAAAAGUAAAGGCACUUUACAAAGAUCUUGAUCUUCAGGGUGCAUUUGCCGAGUAUGAGAGCAGUAGUUAUGAAAAGCUGGUAUCAUCAAUUGAAGCUCAUCCAAGCAAAUCAGUGCAAGCUGUGUUGAAAUCAUUCCUGGGGAAGAUUUACAAGAGGCAGAAAUAGGGAAAAAGGAAGCAAAAGGGUAGAGUUUUAAUUGUGUCUUUCCCCCAUAAUUUCUGUUUCUUUUUCUCAUUGUAGUUGUAUCCUAUUUUCAGCUGUAUGACUGUGUCUGCUUUAUUUUUGCCAGUAAGUUUUCUGCCCUUUUUGACAUAUAGGCAAUCUUUCAGUAGGCGACACAUAGUUGUGGUUGUAUUCCUCUGCUCUUUGCAACCCAUUGAUACUAGGUAAGAAAAAUGGAUUUUGAUGAGUCUUUUUGAA